UUUACGGCUCCUGUUUGGCGACCCGUCGCCACAAGAGAGGUCUUGUUUAGGGUUUUUGGAAAGCUGGGCCUAAAAACCCAUUAAUUACUCCGUUUUCCCGCAGCUGGAGAGCGGAUAACGCUUUGUGGGGCGCAGAACUUACCACAACAAGGGGAAAAACACCUUUUCCGGGGUUAAUCCCCCGCUUUGUUGCGCGCGAGUCUUACUACUAAAUCUUUGGGAGACAUUUUGGAUUUGGUGUCUCUUGUUUUUUUUUCUCGGUUUGUUUUGUGGUCAAGAUGUCGCCGUAAUGGAGUAUCCGGGUUCGACAGAUAUGAGCAAGGGCCUUCGCUGCCUGACCCGCACCUCUUAUAACAACCCGCUUUUUUCAUUUCUUGUCCCGUUUAAUGCUAGAGAGCUCGCCUGCUCUCUCCCCGGAGCUCGGCCUCAGCCUUUCACCCAGAGACAUGGAGAAGAACCCGAACGCAAACACCAAGGUCCCGCCCCGUUCCAGCUCCACAGGCCCAGCGCCAACCGAUUCUAAAACUAAAACAGACACAAAGAAUAAUGGCAGCUCCAAGCGCUGCAACCGUAAGCGUGAGCCUGCCUUCCCGAAAGCAGAGAGUUUUCCAGGCCCCCGUCGCACCCACCCACAGAAAGGCAAGAAUUUCGACAAGAGACCCCCCCAGAGAGGCGGAGGAGGCGGUAGACAGGGUGGGCUCAUGGGCGGUGGGAGAAGAGAAGAGGUAGCCGAGACGCGCCGGGCCGAGUUCAGCCCGGCUCAGUUUUCUGGACCCAAAAAGAUCAGCUUGAACCACUUGCUCAAUUUUACCUUUGAGCCGCGUGGAGGCCAUGUCGGCUCCGGAGGCGACGGGCAUUCGUGCUGGGGUCGCCGCAACAAGUGGGGUCACAAACAUAAGCCCUUCAACAAGGAGCUGUUCCUGCAGGCCAACUGCCAGUUUGUGGUGAUCGAUGACCAGGAUUAUCAAGCUCACUUCACUGACCCCGACACUCUGGUCAGCUGGGACUGUGUGCAGCAGGUGCGAAUCUACAGCCACGAGGUGCCGUCGUGUCCGAUCUGCCUGUACCCACCGGUGGCAGCCCACAUGACUCGCUGUGGCCACAUCUACUGCUGGCCCUGCAUGCUGCACUACCUGUCUCUGAGCGAGAAAACCUGGUCCAAGUGUCCAAUCUGCUACGAGGCCGUGCACAGCGCAGACCUCAAGAGUGUUGUUGCUAUGGAGACGCAUCAAUACGUGCCAGGUGAUGUCAUCACCAUGCGGCUGAUGCGCAGGGAGAAAGGCGUGUUGGUGGCUCUGCCCAGCUCCCAGUGGGUUAAAGUGGAGGAGCCCAUUCACUUUGGAGACGUGCGUCUGAGCUCUUAUUCCAAGCUGCUGCUGGCGUCUCAGGAUCAGGUUCUGGGUCUGCUAGCGGAGGAGAGAGCGGCACUGCAGGCUCAGCUGAAGCAGGAACACGACGACCCGCAAGCCUGCUUCAUACAGAGCGCCUUACUGCAGCUGCAGGAGCGAGAGGAUGGCCUGCUGAAACGGACCGUUCCGGAUAAAGGCGUUGUGGAGGGUGCAGACAUGAGGAAGCUGUCUCUGACUGACUCGACUGUUGCCGAGGUGACGGUCAACAAGCUCUCCAGCUCUAAGCCUGUUCUGCAGUAUGCUUCGGCGUUCGAUGAUGAGAUUCAGGAGACCCUCGAAGAGCUUCCUGAGGUCCUGCCCGGACAGGAAGUGGUGAGCGAGGUGGCCAAGCAGGUGCCAGGUGGUCCCAAAGAGGAAACCCUCACUAACGAGGCUGGGCCACAGCAGAACUCGCAGCACGGUCCAUAUUACUACUUCUACCAAGCGGAGGACGGGCAGCAGAUGUUCCUGCACCCGGUGAACGUGCGCUGCUUGCUGAGGGAGUACGGCAGCCUGGAGAACAGCCCUCAUUCCAUCAGCGCCACCGUAGUGGAGAUCGAGGGCCACACGGUUAACGAGGACGUUCGUCGUCGACACCGUUACCUCUCUCACCUGCCCCUCACCUGCGAGUUCAGCAUCUGCGAGCUCAACCUCCAGCCACCCGUCCUCUCCAAGGAGACACUGGACAGCUUCUCGGAUGAUCUGGAGCGCAGGAGACGGGCGAGGCAGAAGAAAGCGAGGGAUGAGAAGAGGAGGGAGAAAAGGAUCGAGAUGGAGGAGAACAGGAAGCAGGGGAAAUACCCAGAGGUGCACAUCGGGCUGGAGAACCUGCAGCACUUCCCAGCGUUUGGUUCUCCUCCUCUGCACAUCCCACCGGGACAGAACCCCGAGUUCUUCCUGGGACCUCCGUCUCCUCUGAGCAGCAGUCCUGCCUCGGACGUCGCCAUGUUCCCGAGUCUAAACGGGAGCAGUCCGUCUGUCAGCGUAGGCAGUGUGGAGGAAGACUCGCCCUGCGUCUCCUUCGCACAGAUGCUGAGAGAUGGAAAAGCCAGAGCGGACGUCUGGCCCAAACCUCCUCCAAAGAAAGAUGUAUUCCUGGCUCUUCCAGUGGCGGACAGUGACGGGGAGAGCGACGGAUCAGACCGUGUGCCGGUUCCCAGCUUCCAGAACUCCUUCAGUCAGGCAGUUGAAGCAGCAAUGCUGCAACUGGACCACAAACCACCAGCCAAAGCUGAAGCUCCGCCCACCGCCGACGAGAAGGGAGGGAAGAAGAAGAAGAAGAAGCAGAAACUUCUCUUCAGCACCUCUAUGGUUCACACAAAGUAAACAAGACCGCAGAUCACACUUUCAGUUUGGUUCGUCCUCUGCUCUGUCCUCUAGGGUGUUUUAACUUUAGUCACGCAGUCGUUAACGAGCUGAAAUUAGACCCGAUAUCGGCUAACACGUAUUCACUUAUUCGCUGAGGUUUUGUUCAUUAAAGUGUACGAUGAGAAUCUCCCAGUUUCAAACAUAGCUUGCGAUAUUAAAGUAAUAAUAAUGGCUUGUGAUAUUCAAAUAAAACGUGUUCCGGUGUUCAGCGACGAUGUGCGGGGGUUCAAACCGACCGCAGUCAGCCAGCUGCUGAGUAACACGUCCUUCACGUCAUCACUGAACCCCUGACACGUGCAGAGUGAAGACGCUCUCACGGGUGUGGGUAAAUUUACGUCCAGUUCGAACUACAGUGCAAUCACCGCUCACUUUAUUUGAUUUUUUAUUUUUUUUUCCCUUCUUCCUCUUCUUCAUAACUCGAUAAGGCACUCCUGUAUUUCCCGCGUAUUUAUCAGCUGUACGCAUCAAACACGAUCCGACUCACGUUUACACGCCGGUUCUUUCUAACGCGUAAUCCAGCCUGAGUUUAGUCUAGUUUUAAUCUAGCCCGAUGUUUAACUGCUGGAGUUGAGCAGGAGUUUAACGCUUCAGCGAGGUACGGCCUCGGUUUUGUUUAUCUACUCACUCACUUAAGAAGGAAAAAAAAGAGGGGGGGGGGGGGAGAGAGAUGGGUUUUGUUUAGUUUUUUGUUUUGUUUUGUUUUGUUUUGUUUUGUUAUUCCUUAAUGGGAAUCUGAUUAUAAACCUGCAUAUUGAUUUAAAGAAUAAAGAUUUAUGCACUG